AUACCCUCAAGCAGUCCGCCACCUAAUUCGUCUUCUGAAUCGCUGGGCUCAGGCGCCGGGCGAGUGACGACCUUUCUCUUGCGCGGAUUCACAGGCAUUUUUAAUACCACCGACUUAAGAUGGCGACGCGCCACGCUGAUUCCUCAAGAUGCUCCCCCGCGCGACGACAGGAAGAAGGACCCCGAGACACAAGCCAAGGACAAGCUCGCUGAACGCGCGGCAAAGCUGGCCGAAUGGAAGAAGCGCAAUGCUGAGCGUCUUACCAAAGAAAAGACAGACACACAGGGCUCUGGUGCCUCGCCGGCUGGCACUGCGCCUGCAACCCCCUCCGCUGCUGCUGCGACGCCGCCUCCCCAGACCCCAGCAAGUGAGGUCAAGCUUGACACCGCUAAGACUAAAGUUCCGCAGAAGAGCGUUACUGAGAAACUCAAACAGAAGCAGCCCGAGAAGUCGACCUUCAAACUGGAUGCUUCUGCUGCUGCCCGCCCCUUGGACAUGGCCAAGCCUGCUGGCAAGACAGUGACAGCCGCUAGCACAAAGGGCAACGGCAACAUUGGCUCUUUCGGUCUCAAGACUAAGACAGCUGCAGAAGCCGAGGCUGAAACUUCGAGAAAAGCCUUCCUCGACGAAGAAGGCCCAACGCGCAAGCGCAAGUUUCAAGCCCUCCCCGAAUUUACUGCGAACGACGAACCUGAACCCGAAGCUGACGGUGCCGAAGACGAUGACGCUGCAAUGAGUGGCAUUGGAAGUGAUGACGAAGAGAACAAUGCGGAACUCCAGGCUCGCCUCGAGAAGCGUCGCGCGGAUAUCGCCAACGAAAACAACCAAGACGCUACCAUGGAAGAAGCACCUGCCGUCCAAGUCCCCGCCGCCGACAAAAUGGACGUUGACGAAACUGUAGGGGCCGAAGAAGACGAAAUCGAUCCUCUCGAUGCCUUCAUGGCCGACUUGACCGAACCACAACCCAGCCGCGGUGUACCUUCGGGCCAGGCCAUGUUCGCCGACGAGCUCGAACCUGUCGAGACCUCUGUUGAGGCGCAAGAUCUUCUCGAACUUCGUGCUGCCAAGAAAAAGAAGAAGGAGGUUGCCACUGUCGACCACGAUAAAGUUGAGUACGAGCCGUUCCGAAAAUCUUUUUACACUGAGCCGCUCGAGGUUUCUCAGAUGACGCCAGAAGAAGUUGCCGAUCUCCGUCAUGAGCUUGACGGCAUCAAAGUGAAGCCAGAUGAUGUGCCUCGUCCCGUCACUAAGUGGGCCCAGAUGGGCUUGCUGCAAGCAACCAUGGACGUCUUCACUCGCGUAGGCUACCUGAAGCCCACAUCUAUCCAGGCACAAGCUGCUCCUAUUUCUCUUUCUGGACGUGACCUCAUCGGUGUCGCAAAAACUGGUUCUGGAAAGACACUCGCGUUCGGUAUACCAAUGAUUCGUCAUAUUCUUGAUCAACGCCCACUAAAGCCGUCUGACGGUCCCAUUGGACUGAUCCUUGCUCCCACUCGAGAGUUGUCAUUGCAGAUUGUCCAUGAGCUCAAACCGUUCCUCUCAGCUUCUGGCAUAACUAUCAAAUGCGCUUACGGUGGACAGCCCAUCUCCGACCAGAUUGCUAUGAUUAAGCGUGGUGGCAUACACAUUCUCUGUGGAACACCCGGUCGCCUGAUCGAUUUGAUGACUGCAAACCAGGGGCGUGUGCUCUCCUUCCGCCGCAUUACCUAUGUUGUUCUUGAUGAGGCUGAUCGCAUGUUCGACAUGGGUUUUGAACCACAAGUCAUGAAGAUUCUUGCAAAUGUGCGCCCCGACCGUCAAACUGUGCUAUUUUCAGCAACCAUGCCAAAGAACAUGGUUGCAUUGGCCCGUAAAGCCCUGAACAAUCCAGCAGAAGUGACAAUUGGUGGUAGAUCCAAAGUGGCCCCUGAGAUUACCCAGAUCAUAUCCAUUGUUCCUAAUAGUUAUGAGAAGAAGAUCAACAAGUUGCUCUUGCAUCUUGGUCAGCUCUUCUCUGAGGACGAAAAUGCACAAGUAUUGAUUUUCACGGAGCGGCAGGAAACUGCGGAAGAUUUAUUGUCCAAGCUCUACAAGGCCAAGUAUUUCUCUGUUAACACAAUUCACGGAGCUAAAGAUCAGACUGAUCGAAACGAAGCGAUCAGUGAUUUCAAGCAGGGUGUUCUUUCUAUUCUCAUUGCCACGUCUGUAGCAGCACGUGGUCUUGACGUCCCCGGUCUGGCACUCGUCUUGAACUUUGACUGCCCAACUCACUUGGAAGAUUACGUUCAUAGGUGCGGUCGUACUGGUCGUGCGGGUAACAAGGGUACUGCCAUUACUCUUAUUGAGAACCCCGGUCAAGAGCGCUUCGCUAUCCAUGUUGUCAAAGCACUAAAGGAGAGCGGAGCAGAAGUCCCUGAAAAGCUUCAAGAAAUGGCAGAUACCUUCCAUGAGAAGGCCAAGGCAGGUACCGAAAAAUACUAUGGCGGCUUCGGUGGCAAAGGUCUCGAUCGACUUGAUGCAACUCGUGCUCUUGAGAAGAAGCGCGAGAAGCGUCAGCUUAAGCUGGAAGGUAUUGAAGACAGCGAUGAAGAAGAAGAGAUUCUGCCAAUUGUUAAGAAACCCGAGGUUACUGGUCCUGGCGCUGUCAAGGCUGCUGAAGGAACUACACCUGCUGCUGAAGUCGAGGAUCAACCUCACUGGAUGAAGCUACUCAACAGCAAGAUUGUUGUCAAUAAGACCGAGCGCCCCGAGGCUGCUGCGACUGGCAAGCCGAUGAGUGCAAGGGAGCGGGCGAUGGCCGCUGCCUCCAAGGUCGACGGUAGGCUCAGCAAGAAGGGCAUGAUCCACGCGGGCCAGCCCAUCGACAACAAGGGUCCUGACGCUGGUCUCUACCAUUCAACUAUUGAGAUCAACGACUUCCCCCAGAAAGCUCGAUGGGCCGUCACCAAUCGAACCAAUGUCGCCAAGAUUCUCGAUCAGACUGGUGUCUCGAUUACGACAAAGGGUAACUUUUACCCACCUGGCAAGCAGCCUGGUGAGAAUGAUCUUCCCAAGCUGUACAUCCUGGUUGAGGGAGAUACGGAGAAUAUUGUCACACAGGCUAUGAUGGAACUCACCCGCCUCCUGCGCGAAGGUACAAUUGCGGCAGAAGAUGCAUCUACGACUCGUACCGCCACUGGUCGAUAUAGCGUUGUUUGA